AUUCACGUUUAAAUUGUUUAAUCUAAGUAUUUCUGUAAUGUGUUGAGCUGAAUAGAUAUUUAUUCGGCCAUCAUUAUUGUUUUAGAAUCGCAAAACAUAUAUCAUUUUCUAAAUGUCUGCCGACGAAGCUUUGAUUGCUGAAGGAAAAAAUAAGUUUACAGUAUAUUGUAGCCGAUGUCCUUCAAAAAUACUCAAUUCUGGAAUGGGAGUUUAUACGGAUAUGACGUACAAUUUGCCCUACAUGCAUCACAAAGCAGAUGGUGACUCAACAAAUGUGGAGGAUGUGAAAGGUUAUUGGCAGGUUAGCGAUAUAUACACCUUUGAAAAUUUAGGAUUUUCAAACACUGUUGAAAACAUGAAAUAUCUAAUAUGUGCAGACUGUGAAAUUGGCCCCAUUGGGUGGCACGAUCUGAGUACCAAACAAAGCUAUGUUGCACUCUCCAGAGUCAAACAUUCAUGAUACAUAUUUUGGUGCCUAAUACGAAUUUAUUCAAUGGCUGGGGUUUUUAAGAUUAUGGAAUUUAUUAUAACUAUAUCCAUAAGUAAUUUUGUAUUUAUUUUUUAACAUAUUCUUAUACAAUAUAUAUUUGUAAUAUCUUGUGAUUAUCAUAGACAUUAUAUGUUAUGUGUUAUUAUUUUAAAUAAAUUAUUUAUUGC